ACAUGCGUGCCCAGCCCUGUACGCGCACAGCCCGCGCUCCCGGCUCCAAGUGCGAGUGCGCCCAGUGCACGCUGAUAACUGCGUGUGACAACCCCUGGGGCGGGGGCGCGAGCAGCAGCCCCUGGCGGGAUGACUGCACCUCUCCCCGUCAGCCCUCUUCUCGCCUCGGCCGCUCCGCAGACACCUGGCGGACAAGGAGAGGGGCCGAGGCCGGCGUUCAGAACCCCGGCACCGGCAGGAGCGCGGAAAUUGCUGUCUCCUCUCCCCCACAGCGGCGAGGACAGACCCUGAGUCGCCCCCACUUCGGCGACCGCAGCGCGGGCUCCCGGCAGAGCAAGGGGCGCAGCUUCUCCACCUGGCAACAGAUGGUGCUCGGGCGCGUGCGCGCUGCGGCGGGCGGGGAGAGGUGGGCGCGGAGACCCGAGCUCCGGGCGCGCAGCGGGGCGGGAGGCGGGCCGCGCACGGGAGCCGGGGCCUCAGGCAGCCUGUCGCUUACGCUCCUCCGCUGCUCCGCUCUUCCGUCCUCCGCGUGUGCCCGCCAAGCAUCCUUCUUCCCGACCCUCCCGAAAGGCGGCGCCGAAGACCCGACCCAUCCGGACCGCAAAUCCCGAAACCUACGCGCUUCCUCGGCGGGGGAAGCCUGACGCGCGGUUACGGCGAGCUUUGGGGCGACUUGCUUUUCUCACCUCCAAAACUGCCAUUUCCCUCUCUCUCAAAGCCAGACGUUACGUUUGCAAAGCUACUGGACUUUAAUCUUUAAAACAAUACCCCGCAGGGCGUGGCUAGCGGGGCUGGCCGAGCGGCCCAGGAAAGUUGGCCUGGGCUGGGAGUGACUCGUUUUGUGCCUGAAGAGAGAGAGGAAGAGUGUGAGGGCAUCGCAUCCUCGGGAGGAGAUGCUUUUGAAACACCAUCCGUUAGCAGCCAUACAAACACUUUCCUGUUGCUUUGUUUUGUUUAUAUACUGAGUGGCUUUUCGGUGAAAUGCUAUUUUGGUUACUGGAAGAAAUGGCCCCCCAGGAGCUCAGCCGGCGACUGGCCACAGUGAUCACUCAUGUCGAUGAAAUCAUGCAACAGGAAAUCAGGCCUUUGGUGGCAGUGGAUAUAAUUGAACAACUUCACAGACAGUUUGCCAUUCUCUCAGGAGGCCGAGGGAAAGACGGUGCCCCCAUCAUCACUUUUCCAGAGUUUGUGGGGUUCAAACACAUCCCAGAGGAAGACUUCCUGAAUGUCAUGACCUACCUGACUAGCAUCCCCAGUGUGGAGGCUGCCAGCAUUGGAUUCGUCAUUGUUAUUGACCGACGAAGGGACAAGUGGAGCUCCAUAAAAGCAUCAUUGACACGAAUAGCUGUAGCAUUUCCAGGAAAUUUGCAGCUUAUAUUCAUCCUUCGUCCAUCUCGCUUUAUCCAGAGGACAUUCACUGACAUUGGCAUUAAGUAUUAUCGAGAUGAAUUUAAAAUGAAAGUGCCGAUCAUUAUGUUAAACUCUGUCUCUGACCUUCAUGGCUACAUUGACAAAAGCCAACUGACAGAAGACUUAGGGGGAACUUUGGAAUAUCGCCAUAGUCAGUGGAUAAAUCAUCGAACUGCCAUUGAAAACUUUGCCGUGACAUUGAAGACCACUGCCCAGAUGCUCCAGAUGUUUGGGGCCUGCCUAGCCACAACAGAGCUGCCCAGGGGCCUGCUGUCCACUGAAGACCUCCUCAUGUCCCACACAGGGCAGCGGGACAAGCUGCAGGAUGAGCUGAAAUUACUUGGAAAGCAAGGGGCCACACUGCUGUCAUGCAUUCAAGAACCAGCAACCAAAAGUCCCACCAGAAAACUCAAUCCCAAUCAGCUAGAGAAUGUAGCAACCAUGGAAAGGUUAUUACUUCAAUUGGAUGAGACAGAGAAAGCCUUUAAUCAGUUUUGGUCCGAGCAUCACUUGAAGCUUAGUCAAUGCCUACAACUACAACACUUUGAGCACAAUUUUCAUGAGGUUAAGCGUGCCCUGGACAAUUUGUUGGCAGAGCAAGCAGAGUUUACAGACAUCGGAGACAGUGUGAUACGUGUGGAACAACUUCUUAAGGAACACAAAAAACUGGAAGGAAAAGGCCAGGAGCCCUUGGAAAAGGCCCAGCUGCUUGCAGUAAUUGGGGACCAGCUCAUCCAAAGCCACCACUAUGCGGCAGACUCCAUCAGACCCAGGUGUGUAGAGCUCAGGCACCUCUGCGAUGACUUCAUCAAUGAAAACAAGAAAAAAUAUGACAUUUUAGAAAAGUCCUUGGAGUUGCAUAGACAACUGGACAAGGUCAGCCAAUGGUGUGAAGCAGGAAUCUACCUUUUGGCUUCCCAAGCUGUAGACAAGUGCCAGUCACGAGAGGGAGUUGACGUUGCCUUGAACGACAUUGAGGCAUUCCUGGGCACUGCGAAGGAGUACCACUUGCCCAGCCACAUGGAGUUUUACAGCCAGUUCGAGUUGAUACUCACCCUUGACCUAAAGGCCAAAGCCCAGGAAGUCCUACAGAAGCUGGGUGAUGUGCAGGAGAUAUUUCACAAGAGGCAAAUGAGCCUGAUGAAACUGGCAGCCAGACAGACUCGCCCAGUGCAACCCGUGGCCCCUCAUCCUGAGUCCUCCCCAAAAUGGGUGUCACCGAAAACCAGCCAGCCCUCCACCUUGGCUCCUCUUCAGAGAACAUCAGAGGAACCUUGUACAGGGACAGUAGAAAAAGAUGAUAAAACUAAACUUGAAGUCAAGAAUGAAGAAAUACUGGAAAGCAGUCACGAUGGGGCAAACCCUGAGCCAGAGCAGCUUGACGGCCCUGCACAUCUUUCCCCCUCUAGACGCAUUAUACGUGACUUGCUUGAGACCGAAGAGAUUUAUAUAAAAGAGAUUAAGAGCAUAAUUGAUGGAUAUAUCACUCCAAUGGAUUUUAUUUGGCUGAAGCAUCUGAUUCCAGAUGUUCUUCAGAAUAACAAGGAGCUUCUCUUUGGGAAUAUUAGAGAACUUUAUGAAUUUCACAACAGGACUUUUCUAAAAGAAUUGGAAAAGUGCACCGAAAACCCUGCACUUCUGGCACGUUGCUUUCUCAAGAGAAAAGAAGAUCUUCAAAUGUAUUUUAAAUACCAUAAGAAUCUGCCCCGAGCUAGGGCAAUCUGGCAAGAAUGUCAAGACUGCGCCUUCUUUGGGGUGUGCCAGCGCCAACUGGAUCACAAUAUCCCUCUUUUUAAGUAUCUUAGAGGACCAAGCCAGAGGCUUCUCAAAUACCAGAUGCUGUUAAAGGGUCUGCUGGACUUUGAGACUCCUAAGGAUUGGGAGAUAGACCCAGGAGACCAGGAAGGAGGUUCGGCUAAGAAUGGGCCAAAGAGGACCAAGGAUUCAGCAUUCUUAGCUGAACUACAACAAGCUUUGGUCAUGAUGGAGGAUUUGAUCAAGUCCUGUGAGUUGGCCGUGGACCUGGCAGCAGUCACUGGAUGUCCGGAUGACAUCAGGAAACUGGGCAAGCUGUUGAUGCAUGGUUCUUUCAGUGUCUGGACAGUUCACAAGGAUCGUUAUAAAAUGAAGGAUUUUAUUCGAUUUAAGCCCAGCCAGAGGCAAAUCUAUCUUUUUGAAAGAGGAAUCGUGUUCUGUAAGAUACGAAUGGAGCCCAGUGACCAGGGCCUAUCUCCUCAUUACAGCUUUAAGAAAUCCAUGAAGCUGAAGACACUUUCAGUUCGCCAGCUUGGAAGGGGGAGCAACAGAAAGUUUGAAGUUGCCAACCGAAAUGGACUUGAGAAAUACAUCCUGCAGGCAACUUCAAAGGAAAUCAGAGAUUGUUGGUUUUCAGAAAUAAGUAAAUUACUAAUGGAACAGCAAAACAAUAUUAAAGGCUGCUCCAGCAAGGAGUUUACCUCCAUGGAAACCUUUGGCCAUCCCGGAGGUGCAGAAGAUAUGGAAAAGGAGAACAGUGCUCUGAGUCUGUCCGGACUCUUCCAGUUGGACGACAGUUAUGAAACGUGUUCCUCCAAAUCUGUCCUGGAAACGGGAGAAAGCGUCCAAGGGAAAAAGGAAAGCGGCGAUGAAGACGUUUGAGUGUGAAAGAGAAAGAACAAACAGCGAAUCUGUUAGCCGUUGCUCCUCUGACUUUCUUCUUGGAAUUUUAGGCCAACAAACACAACUAAGGAGAGCGCUGCGGUGCCCGCUGCCUUGCUCGGCCCUGCGGGGGACGCGACUAGUUUCCGGGGCGAAAGCAGAGCGGGCGAGGGAAGGAUGCCGGCGCACCCCCUCCCCCGAGAACUGACACCGGUUCUAGAACACCGCGGCUCCCCCGCUCGGCCGGGCCGCCCCACGCCGCCUCCAUUCCGGGCCCGGCCUGCUGCGGACGCCGAGGGCCCGGCCCACCCUCCAGCGGGAAAGCAGCCAAGGGGCCGCCUCGGACCCUGCGGAUCUGCCGCUGGGGGUUGGGGGUGGGGUGAGAUAGGACCGCCUUCCAGAAGCCUGAGGAAGGGCCCACGGCCUGCCCGCGGAGGCCACCCUCCCGGCGAGGGCCGCUGAGAACCUGGGAGCUGCGCCACACGCGUCAGCGUUAGCCCUGGGGACUCGGCUCAGACGCCCGCGAACCUCGGGGCUGCCCCACACGCGCCUGCGCGAGUGCCGGGACUCGGUGCAGACACUCGCGAACCUCGGGGCUGCUCCCCACGCGCCUGCGCGAACGCCUGGACUUCGUGCAGACACCCGCGAACCUCAGGACUGCUCCCCAGGCGCCUGCGCGAGCGUCGGGACUCCUUGCAGAAAUCCGCGAACCUCGGGGCUGCUUCACACGCGCCUGCGCGGGCGCCGGGACUAGCUGAAGACGUCCGCGAACUUCGGGGCUGCUCCACAUCGGCUUACUCGAGUGCCGGGAUUUCGUGCAAACGCCCGCGACACCCCGAGCUGCUCUGCCGCUCCUGCAGAG